GGCAUUCGGCGCUAAACCACGGCGCGAACCAGACGCGUUUUUCUCUUCUCUCCUUUUCUUUAAAACAAAAAACAAAAAAAAUUAAAAUUAAAAAAACGGACAAACGAGCGAACUAGAGAUCCUCGAGGUUGACACAAAAUAUACCGUUGCAAAAAAAAUACCAAACAUCAAUAUCAAAUCUAAUGCCUAUCGGAACAAAAUAAAAGGCAAAAAAAAAACAUACAACAAAACAUUAACUGCAAAUAAUCAUAAAAACAAAUUAUAAAUAUACUUAUGUAAAGAAAAAAAAAACAAAAGCGAAACGGAAAGAACCGCUUGGAAAGAUACGGUUAGCAGAGAAGCUGGCUAACCAAAGUGAUCAACGCGCUUUUUGUGUCCUUUUUUUUUCUGGUAUUUUUCUUUUUGUUUGUUUGGUUUUUCUUUUUCUUUGGUGCGCGUGUGUGCCCCACUUGCGAUCGUUAAUUAUUGACCGUGUACAACAACAACAACAACACCACCUCUUAACUGCCUGCCCCUGCAACUGUGGCAAGUAGCCAAGUAGCAGCAAUCAGUGGCAAAAGUAACGGCCAUCGUACCGACAGCAACUGUUUUCGAAAGUUGCCACCAAAAAAGCACGCAGACAACGCAGACGACGCAGACGCGGACGCAUCCUGUUUGUCAAGGCGAGGAAUUGGAUUCGGAACUUUAACUGGAACGGCAAGUGGAACGCCGGAAUUGGGCCAGGGACGAAAAACAGUAGGAACACCAUCAAAGCAGCAACAUGCAACAUCAGCAGCAACAAAAACAACAAAUGCUACAGCAGCAACGGCACAGAAGAAAUCGUCGAGAAAUCGGCGCUAAGAAGAUUUGGCUGCCGCUUAUCAUUUUCCUUUCACUGCAGGUCAUCCUGGUCUGCUGCGACGAUGUCGAAGUGGUAAAGGCUAUUGCCGGAAGCGCGGACGACGACCUGACCAUUGCCCUGGCCGACCACGAGAACGAGCUGGAUCAGAUGGCCCAGGAAUCGGAGCAGGAGCAACAGGCCCAGGCGCAGGCCCAGCAGCAGCAUCCGCCGCAGCACGCGCCGCAGCAUGCGCCACAGCCGCCGCCGCCGCAGCAGCAGCCCCAGAUCCAGAUCCAGAUGCAGCUGCCGCAGUCGGUGCCCAAGGUGCAGGUCCACUACCAGCACAACAUGCCGCCGCCUCCGCCGCCCAAUGUGGCACUGACCCUAAGAAGUAACCACCAGAAUAUUCCAUUGAGCUUUGGCCAGCCCUUCGGACCGCCACCGCCGCCCGGCGCCCAGUUCUACAAGGGACCCCCGCCACCGCAGCUCCAGCAACGACCGCAACCACCACCGCAGGUCCAGCUUCAGGUGGCGCCGCAGCAGGGUCAGGCCCAGGUGCAGGUGCAGAGCCAGGGCAUCCAGGGACAGCAGCAGCAGGUGCAGGUGCCGGACCUGAGCGUGGGCGGAUCCAGCCAGAACGAGAUCUGGGCGGCACCGGUGCAGGACAUGCCCAAGAUCGUGUCCCUGGACGUGAAGUGCGAGAAGAACGGCAUGAAGGUGUUCGUCCAGUUCGACAAGCCCUUCAACGGCAUCGUCUUCUCCAAGGGCCACUACAGCAACAUGAACUGCGUCCACCUGCCCUCCGGCCUGGGCAGGAGCUCGGCCAGCUUCGACAUCGGACUCCAUGAGUGCGGCACUGCCGGCAACACGGACAACUACGGCCAGGGUUAUGGCCACGAAUCCGGUGGCACCGGGGCGGGCACCUACUUCGAGAACAUCAUCGUCAUCCAGUACGAUCCCCAGGUGCAGGAGGUGUGGGAUCAGGCCCGGAAGCUGCGCUGCACGUGGCACGACCAGUACGAGAAGUCCGUGACCUUCCGGCCCUUCCCCGUCGACAUGCUGGACGUGGUGAGGGCGGACUUUGCGGGCGACAAUGUGGGCUGCUGGAUGCAGAUCCAGGUGGGCAAGGGACCGUGGGCCUCCGAGGUCUCCGGCCUGGUGAAGAUUGGCCAGACAAUGACCAUGGUGUUGGCCAUCAAGGACGACGACUCCAAGUUCGACAUGCUGGUGAGGAAUUGUGUGGCGCACGACGGCAAGAGGGCUCCCAUCCAGCUGGUGGACCAGCGGGGAUGCGUCACCCGGCCGAAGCUCAUGUCCCGGUUCACCAAGAUCAAGAACUUCGGGGCCUCCGCCUCCGUGCUGUCGUACGCCCACUUCCAGGCCUUCAAGUUCCCCGACUCGAUGGAGGUACACUUCCAGUGCACCAUCCAGAUCUGCCGCUACCACUGCCCGGAGCAGUGCUCGGCGGACUCCAACCUCCAGGACGUGCACCACCUCCAGGUGGGACCCGAGUCGCAGUACGGACCGCCGCCCCAGCUCCACGUGGAUGCCUACCAGGUGGCCAGUGCCAUCGGAAAGCGGCGUGACGAGCGCCGUGUCCAGCGCCGGGCCAGAGCUGUGGCCGAGCCCCAGGUGGGCCUCAACCGGAUCAUCAAGGUGGUCUCCUCCGGGGACCUGACCUUCGCCAUUGACGAGCAGGCGACGGGCAACGGCAGCUCCACGAACGGAUCCGGGGUGGAACGCAGCCCGCAGACGAUGGUGUUCCCGGUGCGCGAGGAGGGUCUCAUCUGCAUGACCACGCCCGGCUUCGCCAUCACGCUGAUCGUGCUCCUGGGCAUCCUGGUCACCUCCUGCCUCACCUCCGCCGUGCUCUACGUCCGCCUGCGUCCCUUCUCCUCGUUCGCCGCCGUCUCGGCCAAGGAGCGGGCCGUCGCCUUCACGAAUCCCCAGCUGGCCCCGCUGCCCGUCAUCCAGCUGACCCCGCCACCCCCAGCGGAUGUCCAGGGCACGCUCUCCAAGAAGCGGGCGCUCUCGUGAGCGGGACACCCGACUGGCGAUUGUAUCUAGAGCGGAAUGGAUGAAUGGGGAUGCUUCUUUGGGGUAGUGAGUCACUGAUUACUUGUCAC